AUGGACGAGCAACUUAUAUCCACAAUCAACAAGCUCCAAGACGCGCUUGCGCCUCUUGGCGGCGGCCUGACCUCCCCCGUCGAUUUACCCCAGAUCACCGUGGUGGGAUCUCAAUCCAGCGGCAAAUCGUCCGUGUUGGAAAACAUCGUAGGCAGAGACUUUUUGCCUCGAGGCACGGGUAUCGUGACGAGAAGACCGUUGGUGUUGCAGCUUAUCAAUAGAAGACCUGGGGUGAAUAAGGCUGACGCAGAUAAGAUCAACAAAGUGACAGACAAGGGAGAAGAGCUGGAGAACAACUUGGAGGAGUGGGGAGAGUUCUUGCACUUGCCCAAUAAGAGAUUCUACAAUUUCGAGGAGAUCAGAGCAGAGAUUGUUCGGGAAACGGACGCAAAGACCGGGAAGAACUUGGGCAUUUCUUCGGUGCCUAUCAACUUGCGUAUCUACUCACCACACGUGUUGACCUUGACGUUGGUGGAUUUGCCAGGGUUGACCAAGGUCCCCGUGGGCGAUCAGCCCAAGGAUAUAGAGAGACAGAUUCGGGAGAUGGUUUUGAAGUACAUUUCCAAGCCCAAUGCCAUCAUCUUGGCUGUAAACGCUGCCAACACCGACUUGGCCAACUCGGACGGGUUGAAGUUGGCACGUGAGGUUGAUCCUGAGGGCGCCAGAACCAUUGGUGUGUUGACGAAAGUGGACUUGAUGGAUGAAGGCACGGAUGUGGUGGACAUUCUUGCCGGCAGAGUGAUUCCCUUGAAGUUUGGCUACAUCCCUGUCAUCAAUAGAGGCCAGAGAGACAUCGAGCUGAAGAAGACCAUCAGGGCCGCUCUUCAAGAUGAAAGCGCUUUCUUUGAAAACCACCCUUCGUACAAGGCCAAGGCACAGUUCUGCGGUACUGCCUUCUUGGCAAGAAAGUUGAGCAGCAUCUUGAUGCAUCAUAUCAAAGCCACCUUGCCUGAUAUCAAGGCGAGAAUCGAGAAUUCCUUGAAGCGCUACCAAAGCGAAUUGAGCGUUUUGGGUCCAGAGAUGGAGGAGAGCCCUACCUCGAUUGCGUUGAACAUGAUCACAAACUUCGCUAAGGACUACAAUGAAAUCUUGAAUGGUGAGGCCAAAGAGUUGUCGUCGCAGGAAUUGAGUGGUGGUGCUCGUAUCUCCUUUGUUUUCCAUGAAAUCUACAAAAAUGGUGUCAAUGCCAUCGACCCCUUCGAUCAGAUCAAGGACGCCGAUAUCCGCACAAUCAUGCACAACACCUCCGGUUCUGCCCCUUCUUUGUUUGUGGGUACCCAGGCGUUUGAGGUGCUUGUCAAGCAGCAGAUUCACCGUUUGGAGGAGCCAUCUUUGCGUUGUGUCAACUUGAUUUUCGACGAAUUGACUCGUAUCUUGAACCAGAUUAUCUCCCACCCACAAUAUUCUAGAUACCCCUUAUUGAAGGAGCGUCUCUCUAAUUCAUUUAUUCAAUUUUUGCGUGAGGAAUUGAUUCCCACGAACAAGUUCGUUCAGGACAUCAUCAGCGCCGAGCAAACCUAUGUCAACACCGCACACCCUGAUUUGUUGAAGGGCCUGCAAGCCAUGGCUAUGGUUGAGGAAAAAUUCCAUCCAAAGCCACAAGUUGCAAUUGAUCCAAAAACCGGCAAGCCUUUGCCACCCACUCAACAGGCACAGCAACAACCUCAGCCAAAGGAGGAGUCGAACGGUUUCUUUGGCGGCUUUUUCUCAUCCAAAAAUAAGAAGAGAUUGCAACAGAUGGAAGCGCCCCCUCCAGUGUUACGAGCAACGGGACAGAUGACCGAGCGUGAGCUGAUGGAGACAGAGGUGAUUAAACUUUUGAUCUCGUCGUACUACAACAUUGUCAAGAGAACGGUUGCCGAUCUUGUACCAAAGGCAGUUAUGUUGAAAUUGAUCACCAGAUCAAAAGAUGAGAUUCAAAGAGAGUUGUUGCAGAAGUUGUACAGUGCUCCUGAUUUGGGUGAGUUGGUGAAGGAGAACGAUACCACUGUGCAAAGAAGAAAGGAAUGUAAGAAGAUGGUGGAGGUGUUGAGGGCCGCAAGCGAGAUCGUCAUGAGCGUGUGA